AUGGAUACCGACAGCAAUAAACGGCGUCCGUCGACCAAGCAAGAUGCACAGGAUCACGUUGUUCUCGACACGAAGCAACGUCCGACCUACGCUUAUGAUGGCCUGCCCACGCACACUUCCAUCCGCCUGAUCUCCGGGUUGCGAAAGGAGCUUGUUGACGGGAUCCCACUUGUCGACACGACGAAUGGUUCAAAUUUUCCCGUUGUCGGCUUCUCUCUCAGAACUGUAGAUCUCGUCGAUUCCCUCUCAUACGACUGCCUUAGCUACACCUGGGGAAGACCAACAAGGGUGUCGGAAAGCAAAGCCAUUCAUGACAGCUCCGAAGAGCUUCUCGAAAGAGACAACGCCCCGCAGGGGUUCAAAGACGAGCACCCGUUCUCGCGCCUUUGCGGCAGGAACAGAUCGGAAUCGCUCUGGAUCGAUUCGAUAUGUAUCAAUCAGGAAGACGUUGUUGAAAGGAGUCAACAAGUGCAGAUCAUGGAUCGAAUAUACCGUAAUGCCAACAUUGUCCAUGCCUGGCUCGGCGAGGCCGACCUUUUUUCCAAGGUGGCCAUAUAUAGCCUGAGCGCUCUGAGCAAGCUCGGUGAAGACGCAGCGGACCGUGUGAGAGGCCUGCAUCCACUUCACGACAAUUCCGCGGAAUUAGGCCUCGAACAAAGGAUCUCUACUUCUGCCAUCUACGCAUUUCUGAAGCGGUCAUGGUUUCGCCGUGCAUGGAUAGUGCAAGAGGCUGUCUUGGCUGCAGAGCUGGUGAUAUGGUGCGGUCCUAUACAAGUAUCACUCGAUGUACUGGGACUAAGCGCUCUAUUUCUCUUGCGGAGCAUGUGGUGGGGAUUUAUCACACCUGAAGUUCAUUCCCGGAGAGAGACUGGUGGCUUUGGUGAAGGGAUAUCGCGUAUUUUGCCACCCAGCGCGUUGGCAAAGGCUGCAGCGUCUCUCGCCGUGACCGAUGGCCGUGCCGAUCUGUACGAGACUGACGCCGACAUCAAUUCUGUCUUCGAUCCAGUGUACGCCAUUCUUCAAAUCUACGACAAGAGAAUUACCUUCAGCAAAGAAAAUCAGGGGAGCUCGAAGAGUGUCGCCGGGGCUUACGAUCAUCCAGUAACAAGCUAUGAAAGGAUCUUCAGCUCAUUCAGACUCCUCGAAGCGACUGAACCCAAAGAUAAGGUCUACGCUUUUCUUGGGCUAAGGCCCGCUGGCGUUUCUGCCGGACCCUUGGUGCCGGACUACCGCAAUGAGAAGUCAUACCAGGCUGUCUACACAGAAGCUAUGGUGUAUGGGUUGCAGACUGCGGGAACACUUGAUCUCCUCGCGUACAAGGAAGACGAGACUCGUGGCCGUGACUCUUCGUUGCCUUCGUGGGUGCCCGAUCUCAGGAACCCUACCCUCAAUCUGAUCCAGGGCGCAUCGAUAACACCCUGGUCUGCGGCCGGAAACGUCCCCAUCCACUUGGCCUUUCGCGAAGCUCACGGGACAUUUAAGCUGCUCAGCCUUCGUGGCCUUCUGGUGGACGAAGUGCGCAAUACCGCUACCUGGGAAAGGGACGACCUCUCCUGUGUUCAGGAACUCCUCGCCGAGAUCCCUCGCCUGUACCCCGUUGCAAAGGCCAACGAGAUCCCAGCAUCCACUUCCUCCCACCAAGCAGCGUCGCCUUCCCUCGACCGAGAUCAACAUUCCCCCAGCAAUCAAGACCCAACAACACAGAGCCGUGUAGAAGUCCUCUGGCGAACCCUAAUAGCCGACUGCUGCCAGCACCAACACCCAGCACCUCGCCGAUACGGCCUCGCAUUCGCCAAAAGCCUCAGGCGGAAGAUGAAAAUGCUCGAGACCGCGGUUCUCUGCGGCAACCAGCGCGAACCCUCAGGACCAUACAAGCUGCAGCUCUUGGAAAACGCGGUGUCCAGCUACAACCAUUUCGCGCAGGCAGAGAUGGCGGAUUUCGCCUUCCAAGUCGCGGAAGUCCCAAGCGCAGUCGCUGAAGGGGGCAGCCCAGCAGAACCAUCGCGGGAGACCCAAUCCCAAGAACCCAGUCCUCAAGAACAUCUCCUCCGCCCCUUCAAAAGUCUCUUCCCCAACACCCUAGUCCCUGCCGGACACAUCUCCGACUCAACCACCACACACCCUGCCGACUUACGAGAAAAAGAAUCCCGCACACGAGCAUUACACGAGUUCGAAGUGCGCAAAUCCCAAAUGCUCGACCACCGGAUCCUCUUCACCACGUCGACACACGGCUAUCUAGGUCUCGGCCCACGAUCCCUGCGUCCUGGUGAUCAAGUCUGGUUGCUCGCGGGGGCGAAGGUGCCGCAUGUGUUGAGGUUAAAGGGGAAUGGGCGGUUUGAACUUGUUGGGGAGUGCUAUGUUCAUGGGAUUAUGCAUGGGGAAGCUGUGCGUGGGAAGGAGAAGGAGUUUGUGGGGGUUGAACUUGAAUAG